GAAUCAAGCACCGGAACUAUCCGUUUUGUGUGAUUGUUUCUCUCAGAUCUCCCUGGAGUAAUAAAUACGAGCCUCCGAUCGACGACGGCGCCAUGCCCUCGGCUCGUCUGCGCAAGCUGGAGGUGGAGGCUAACAAUGCCUUCGACCAGUACAGAGACCUGUAUUUCGAGGGCGGGGUUUCCUCCGUCUACCUGUGGGAUCUGGAUCACGGAUUCGCCGGAGUCAUCCUCAUCAAGAAAGCUGGAGACGGCUCCAAGAAGAUCAAGGGAUGCUGGGACUCCAUCCACGUGGUGGAGGUGCAGGUGAGAGCCGGCGCUCCACUUCCUGUGCAGACAGGAAGUCCGUGUCUGUGUGUCUGUGUCUGUGUCUGUGUGUGUGUGUGCCAGGACAUGGAGAACAAGAUCCGCUCUACUCUCAACGAGAUCUACUUCGGCAAGACCAAGGACAUCGUCAACGGCCUGAGGAGCGUUCAGACGCUGGCGGAUAAAUCGAAGCAGGAGGCUCUGAAGAACGACCUGAUGCAAGUGCUUAGCCAACGCAGCAAACAGCAAAGCUAGAGACGAUCACCUGCCCGUCUCUCUCUCUCCGUCUGUCUGUCUCACUCUCUGUCUCUCCACCUCACAGCUGUCUGUCUCCAUCUGCGCAAAACAAACGAAAAAGGAGAAAAGGCUACGCUUUUUGUUUUUGUAUUUCAGCUCGCGUUUCACUGCACCCGUCUCUCUCUCUCUGGUCUGUAAUCAUGUAGUAUUAAGACAGCGUCUGAUUGGCUCUCGGUGACAUCAUCGCAGUGGGGGGGGGCGGAGCUUUUCUCCCGCCAUCAGAAGAACACGUUUUCUCGUAGUCUCACUCGUCACAUACGUGCGUCAGGAAUAAACGAGGAGCGGGUGAUUAUAUAUAAAUAUACACACGUGUAUGUAUUAUGAGCAUUAUGUUGCUGUUAAUAUUAAACUUUCUGCUUGAGUCCACACAGACGAGUGUGUAUUUGCGCGAGUGUGUUUACGUGUGUUUGUGUCAUUAAGCUGCAAACAUAUUCCUCUCUCUGUCCAUCUGGGAGCGUCAGACAGUUUCGUUGUUUUCUUCAGGGUGGAUUAUUUGUCAAGUUAAUUUUUUUCUUUUGGGCUGUUUUUUUUUUUUGUAAAGCUUACAGUUUGUUAAAUUAGGGCCUCCAGCAACAAUAAAAAGAGGAAAAACUG